GAUCAAUCAAAAAUCAAACAAUUUAUUUUGUUGUUAAGUUAAUAAAUUCUCCAAAAAUGUUGUAGUCCUAAUUUGGAAGCUUUUCCAAUGGUGAAAAUAUUUGGGACAUAAUCCAGAAGAAGUGUUGUGUAGCCAUGGACGGCCCCAAUGAACGAUUAAUGAAGUCAAUUUUUGAUAGGGACCUAAAAGUAAUAACUUUGAACAAUGACAUCCAUAUCAACAAAAUCUGUAGAAACGGAAUGACUUUAAUAGGGGCAGCAGCCCAAACCGGUAAUCUACCUCUGCUGAAACUGCUCAUAGAUUUUCAAAAUAGCAAAAGCGCCCCAUUAAAUUCUAUCGAAAACCGAAACAAACCCCAGUAUUUGCAAUUGGACGCCAGCAGUCCGAAGAGGUGUAAAAAUAUCGGAUAUUUUGUGGUAACACGAGAAGAAGAAAACGAAUUUGGCGAUGGCCCCACUCCUGAAGGAAUGGAGGGCUUGGAGUGGGACAUGGAGGUAAAUGAUGCCAACAAUUGUAAUAAAACAGAGCCUGAACCAGUUGAGGACAGCACAAUAGACUUGUACAGAUGGUACGCCAAAGUACUAAACAGAACAGCAGUUAUACUAGAAUCACCUGAAAGAGAUUUUAGUAGAUUAGAUCAACAUGGACAAAGCAUAUUGCACUAUGCAGUAAACUCUGGCUCUGUUGAACUAACAGAAUAUUUAAUAGACAACUUUGGCCGUGAAUUAAGUGUAAAUCAAAACGACACCAACGGUUACAAUUGCCUUCAUAAAGCUGUUACCAGAGGCGAUAUCAAUAUGGUUCAGUUUUUAAUUAGAAAAGGAGUAAACGUUAAUAUGUUUGCUGGAAGACACAGGUUGACACCUCUACACAUUGCAGCGAAAAUGGGGCAUCAUCCUAUAAUACAAUUAUUAAUAGAAUCAGGUUGCAAUGUCAAUUCUAUCGAUUCCGAAGACAGGACCGCCCUAAAUUGGGCCGUGAAGCAAGGCGACGAAGAAGCAGUCAAAAUUCUUUGCGAAGCUGGUUCUUUGGUUAACAACGAAGAACCUUGCGGAAUUUUACCUCUAGAUUUGGCUGUGUACAAUGGCAAUGCGUCUAUUGUAAAACUUCUCAUUAGACAUGGGGCAAGGAUUAUUCCUUCACAUCAUUGGCUUCACGAAGCCAUCACCCAAAAUAAUAUAGAUGUUGUUAUGGCUCUUAUAGAAGCUGGCGCUAUGAUAAAUAGCCGGGACGCUAUUGGGUUUACACCUGUAAUGACUGCUUGUACACGAAAAAAUGCCUUGAUACUUAAGUACUUGAUCUUCAAAGGUGCAGAUGUCAAUAUUCAAAGUCCAAUCGAUGGCAAAACAGCAUUGCAUGUGUGCAGUCAAGAUGUAAGGUCGGAGAGGGAUGUCAAUAGACUGAUUGAUAUUUUGGUUAGCAGUGGGGCCAAUAUGAACGCCUCCAGUUAUCAGGGGACCGUUUUAUUACACGCAAUUGUCUUGGGUAAUAAUUAUGCAGCAAUGGCAUUAAUAAGACACGGAGCAGAUGUAAAUAUUAGAGACGAACGUAAUUGUUGGGACAUUUUAAGUGUGGCGCAACGUUAUGGGACAUUAGAGCUGUGCAAAGCAACAGUAUACGCUGGAUUUGAUUUGAAAGAUAUGAGUCGGGAUCCUAAAAAACUCCGAAAAGGUCCCAACGACGAAACCUACGAUUUCAUAGUCAACGUAAAAUCGAACGCGUUAAAUCUUAGAGAAAUUUGUAGAGUAGUGAUCAGAAAUCAAAUAGGUUCAGAUAGACUUUUGUCGAAAAUUAAAACACUGCCUUUGCCCACUAUGUUACACAAGUAUUUGGCUUUAGAGAUUUUGGAGUAGAUGCCAUCAAAGUAACAAAAUAUUUUGCUAGUCAUAAAUGUCGGUGAUACAUUAAUUAGAAAUAGUUUGUUAUUCUGUGUUCAGUAGUGUGCAGUAUUUUUAUUGUAAAGCACCUAUAAGCUUUGAAAGAACAAAACAUUGUACAAUUUUUCCAAUUUUAUAAAAAAAAAGAAAUAGCACAGUUUUUUAUAGUCACACAUAUUUAUAAAAUUAUAUAACUGAUUAGGUACGUAGGAAGUCAAAUGACAUUUCUACAUACCUACUUCUAAUGACUUCCAGUAGUUUUAGGUACUCAAAAGUUCCUUCACAUAUUUAUUUUUCAGUAUUUUGAAGCUUUAUUUUUCUUGGGAAAACUAGUUUCCAUAUUAGAAAUAAUAAGACUUUUUUUUUUACCAUGUAUUUAUUUUUUUAGAUAGUAUUAAGUAAGUGAUAUCUGUUGUGAGAAUUUGAAUUCUCCAAUUAUUGUUUAUAAAAUUAAUAAAAAUCAUAACAAUAACACUAAUUUAAUUUCCACUCCUUAUUAGCUAUUAUAAAAUUAUGUGCAAAAUAUAUACAGAUCGUUUCGCAAGGGUUCAUACUUUUGAAAUCGAAGACAUCAUAACUUGAAAAAUAGGGUUGUCUUAGAUUAAUUCAUUCAAUUUUUUUGACAUAUUAAAAUGAAUGACUUCUGGUUUAGGAACCGAGGAACGUUUUUGACGUCAUUGAUUUGUUCGAGUCAGUUUCUAUUUGUUAAAAAAGAAUUAUUUCAAAAGUAUGAACCCUCGUGGAACAAAGUUUAUGUAUAAUUUUAUGACACAUUUUGAGGUUUGUUGCCUUUAUUAUCGGCAAUAUCUUUGAGAUGUGGAUAAUGGGUUACCAGCAUUUUGCAUAUUGAUUUGUGAUUAUUUUCGGAAGCUCUGUGUAGUAUCGUUUUUCCAUCCAUGUCUCUUAGAUUUACAUUUGCUUUUUUGGAGAGGAGAAAGUCGACUAUUUGGGUUUUGCCU